CUCUCACACGAGCGCUGGAAGGGAAGUCUGCUGCUACUACUGCUACUACUUCGACUGUUCGGUGGCAGUGUGGGCAGGCAACAUGUCGCCGCAUCAGCAGCAGGACGGCCGUUUCGUGCCCGAGAACAGUGGCAGCACCGCGAGUGCAGCGACUGCCACUGCUCCUGCAACGACGAUGACGGCGGCAGCGGCGGCGGCGCCUGUCUCUCGCAAGACAACGAGGUCGCAGAUGCAGCAGACACAGUCGGAGUCGCACGCUGCGUGGCAUGCUGGUCUGAACGCUGCCAUUGCCUCAGUCAAGGCCCUCAUGUCGCCCGCCCAGGCCAACUCCAAGGCCUGGAAACCCGUCUAUCCCACCUCCUCUCAGCCGAAUUCAUCUGCCGCACUCGGAUCAGCAUCUGGCGCCGCCGCCCAGGGCGCAGGUCUGGGACCGUUUGACAUUGCCUCGACGUCAUACACGCCAAAUUCGUUUGUCAGAAUACCGACGCCGGCGGCAUCCAGCGUCAAGGUCCAUCGACGGCCGCCUACCAACCGAGCGAGCCGAGCAAAUCCCCCGUCUGGCUCUGCCUCGCCGUCCAUCCAUGCGGCCUCGUCGUCGUCGUCUUCUGCUGCCUCUUCGGCCAGCGCGCAACAGCCGCUCCUCCCACCUGGCAGCUCCCAGAGCGCAGACAUCUACCGAGCCGUGUGCAACAUCCCCCUUCCUUCAGACUACCUCGUCGCCGGUGCGGCCGGCGAAGGGCUCGACGAGAGCAAGUUCGCAGACCUGCAAGAUGCCUUUGGGCGACUGCUGGCCACGCCUGAAUGCAAGGCUUCCUGGGAUGCCAUGGUGGAGGACUCAGAGGUGAUUGAGGAGCUCGACGCAGUGACAAAGAUCUGCCGGACCGUCUUUCGGCUCGGCUGGCCAGCCAGUCCUCGAGACGUCGUCACAAUCUCCAGGACGAUCAUCGACGGUCAUACACUCAUGGACGUCUCCUCUUCGCUCCCUCGAUCGCCCGAUGCGCCGGCCUACCUUCGACCGGCCCCUCCGUAUGUGCGGUCGCAUCUCAACCUCUUUGCGUGGUGCGUGCAGUGCGUGCAUGCAUCUUCCUCUUCACCAAUCCUGCGUGUCACCGUCUUUUGGUCCUGGGAUCUUCGAGGAGCCUGGCUGGGCAUGCCAGCGGGCGGACUUGGCGCCCAGCUGCCGAAUCUCGUCUCUUCCCUCGUCUCGCACGUCAGCACCGACUCGUCCCGAGUGCCCUACCUCGUCGACUUUGGGACCAGCGUGGAGGUGACCGGCAGGAGGUUUGACGCAACGAGGGACGAGGUCACGAUUGAGUACCAGGUCAUUGCGGCGCAGGAGCAUGACGGCGAAGAGGAGCAACGCGCCAGGUCGCUCCGGUGGAGCCUCCCCGCCGACGAGGGAUGGGAUGUGCACAUCGACGUGAAACCAUUGGCCGGCGUCGCUUCUGCCGCGCCACCAUGGUCAGUGCACGCGACGAGGCAGGUGAGGUUGGAGGACGAGCGAGGUGGGCAGUGGAAGUCUGCAAGGAUGGCACUUGCUCUUCGUCACGCUGCCGCGCAUACAGGGGCAGGAGAAAACAGCGAGGCCGACCAGAUCCUCAGAGGAAGGAUCACGAUCCAGAGGAUUGCGGCCAGCCAUGAGGUGCGGCUGAGGGUCAAUGACUCUCCGUUUGCCAUUGAAGAGGAAAAGGCUUGCACCGCAAAACAGGCAACACGGCCCGACGACGCGCUGACAGCAGCGUCACUCGAGGGCAGCUACACGCCCUCCUCGCUCAACCUGGGCAAGGGCGUGGCUUCCACUUCCACAACGAAUCUCGCCGACGAUGCCGCCAGCAUUUCCGGCUUGAGCCUGCACAGCGACUUUUCAACCACGGCCUCUCUCAACGGGGAUGAGAUCAGGAGGACAUCCACGCCCAGCAUGGAGGCGCAGACACAGCAACCGCAGGCGUCGACGCCCUCAAGGGGUGCACCACCCGAUCGCUCGACGGUGCUGGCCAGUCUGAUUCGGCGCAACUACAUCUACUUUACCUCGCUGCUCCAGGAACCAGAGGCAAAAUGGAAGCCGUACAGCGACUCGAGGGGCGUCACCAUCACCCAGCUCGACUCCAUCGACCCCACUCUCGUCGUCUUUCGGGCCGAAGCGACAUUUGUUGGCGUAGGCGUCUGGGACCUCUUUUCGACGAUUGCCAACCCAGGCGUCAGGGUGGUGUGGGACAAGGGCGCAGAGGAGACGCGGCUGCUCGAAGAUGUUGGCGAUGGCACUCGGUUAUGGCACAGCCGGAUCAAGGGCGCCUGGCCCGUGAGCGCGCGAGAUGCCGUCACUGUCGAGACGUCGUACAAGUCGCCCUCCUCAAUCCACAUCUUUUCCUUUUCCAACGAGGACCGGUCGCUGUUCUCCGUGCCCAUCCCGGCCCCGGACCCUGGCACGAUCCGGACGCAGGUGGACCUGAGGGGAUGGAGCAUUGAGAGCCUGAGCCCGACCACGGUGCAUAUCACUCUGAUCGAGCAGAGCAACCCCAAAGGUUGGACGAGCAAGAGCGCGACGCCAUCGGCCAUGACGGCUGCUGUCGCUGGCGUAGGCGAUUUCGCCAUCAAGUCGGGCGCACCCCCCAUCGUAACGAGGAUGCUGGGCGCGAAGACAAAGCUGUCGAGGUACGACCACGACAAGGGAACGUUUCGGAUCGAGUACGAGCUCAACGACGAGGUGUCUACGCAACAGCAGCAACAGCAGCAGCAGCCCAUCUCCAACGGAGCUGCCAGUGGGAGUGUGGAGUGCGAAAUUCGGUGUGAUGUCGAGACGUGGGCAAACGGCCUGGACCUCGUCGUUGACCCCCCACCGAUCAAUGUCAGCUGUUUGAGGAGGCACAAACUCAGCCAGGGAGGAAGCGGUCUGUGGCUGACCAUCGAGCAUGUCGCUGCGAGCCUUGAAGACGAUGCGGCAAGAGUGACUGUGCGAAGGGCGGGCGCCUCCAAGGAAAAGGGCACGGUGCUGGUCAACGGAGCAAAGAUCAAGGUCGAUGUUGACGAGCUCAAGGAGGGCGAGUUGGCCAAGUUGAAAGAAAGAAAGCGGACCAAGCCAAAGAGGAUACCGCUCGACCUCGUCGAGGCUCAGGAUGCGAAGCGGCCUAGCAGACUGUUGCUGAAGGACAGAUCAGCGGACCAAGACGCACCAAGCUCUGCCUCGACGGCUGACGGCUUUCCGUCUCGAUCGGCAUCGACUGAUUCGGCAGGUACGCCGAUUCGGAAAACGCAGAACGACGAAGCGACGGCCUUGAGCUCGACUGUUGAGAACAAGGGUAACCAGGCCUUCUCCGACGAGAGACCGAGGCAGCCCAUGACUUGCGCACUCGAUGUCCUUUUCCUCCUCCGUCGGAUCUACGCAGAGAGGAGCCCGGAUCCAGCGGGCACACCAGCUGGAUGGGCGCUCGUGUCGCAGCGCAACGGCCUCUUCGUCCGCCGCAAGCUGAUGCAGUCCAUCUCAAAUAACGUCUUUGUUCAACGGGGCGACAAGAUCGUCGAGGGCCUCACUGCAGAAGAUCUUCUCAGCGCUGUGGCAUCGCUUGACUGUCGGCGGCUGUGGGAUGACAAGGUCGACACCACGAUGAUGCUUGAGACCUUUGGCAAUGGCGCUACGACGGGCUUCUUUACCACAAAGGCAAGCUUCCCCUUUCGUGGACGAGCAUUCCACCUGGCAAGUCUCACCGCCCGAUCGGCUGCUUCUUCGACCAACUUGGAGGGGAUGCCCUCUGGAUCGCUCUCGACCCCGUCCGUUUUCUUCCACGCUUCAGCAUCAUACCCCGAGCGAAACUCCUCGUUUGCCCUCUCGAAGCUCAAUCCCAGUGCUCUUCCACUGGGUAAGGUCCUCAUCGACGGAUGGAUUCUCGAGACUUUGGACCCGUACAGUUCUACGCUCAACUACCAGAUUCCCUCGACUCGAUGCACCCACAUUGUCGCAGUCGACUAUGCCGGAAGUCUACCGGCGGCCGUCAACACACUGUGGAAUGCCAACCUACCGCGGAGUAUCCUGGCAGUCGAAGAGUACGUCAAGGCAAAAGGGGCGCUACCCUCGGUCCGUAGCCCGCCGAAAUGUGUCGACGUGCUGGGCGAUGCGAGAGACGAGGACACGGCAAUGCUCUGGGCUCUUGAUGACGACAAGUCAGCGAGAAGCGCCACGCUACUGUCCAGCACCUUUGAGCCCAACGAGGCUAUUUUCGAAGCCCUGGUUCAAGUUGAAUCGAUGGCAGUCAAGGAGGCCUCCCAUCUAGCGGACUCUUUCGCUUCCGGAGCAGGGGCCUCUCUUCUUGCAUUCCCGUCCAGGCGACCAGUGGCCAUCUCCAAUGCUUCCACCACCAAGGCGGCAGCGCAACGAGCUUCUUCCACGCUGGCAGCUCCGGCUUCUUCGGAUGUCUCACGCCCCACAACGGGAGAAAGCACUAGUGGAGGUGUUGGCGGAGGAGAGACUAUUUCGAGGACGACGAGCGUGAGCUCCAUGAGAAGCACAAAUUCGUUUGUCGGCGGUUUGUCCUCGAAGACCACGCCUCGGCCUUCCGUCAUCCGGGCCGAGUCAAAGAGAAAGCCAAGGGACCUAAUCAUAAUGGACGUCGAGGUGGAGUUGAGACACUAUGAGAGGGGUUACGAGGUUAUGGCCGUGGCCGAGUACGGCGAAGAGGGAGAAGCCAAGGACGCAAGAGUCUCAGACAUGAACGAGGGAGAGGGCGAAUCAGAGCAAAAGAAGGUGAAAGCAUCACCGCCAAAGGUCAUUUCUCUCGAUGCGGCUUCGCGACAGAGAGACGCAAGCGAUCUCGAUGUACAAGUCGCUAGCUUCGAUCUGCCGCCGUCUGCCGUGCUGGCUGCCACGCUGGAUCCCGAAGCGAGACCGAGGAGGCACCUGGUCAGGCUCAGCCUUCCGACCGCUGCCUUCACCGAUGUUGGUCAGGGGCUUCAGGAGGAGCAAGCCGAAGACGAAGUUCCGGACUGGUACCAGCAGCUUACGAGGCGAGGCGCUACCGUCCGUCUGACUAUAAGACCGCUUGCUCCUAGCUUUGUGGCUGUGGAUGGCGAUUCCGCGUCUCGACGCGGUAGCAAUGCGGCAUCGCCUGACCUCCCGUCUUCGUCCUCGUCCUCAUCGUCUGGCGAAAUGGCCGACUCCCAGCUCGUACCGGCCUACUUCCGAGGCGAAAGGCUCACGGUGACGCACGUCAAUCAGACAUCGGCCAUGCUUCAGAGAGAAUCAGAUCGGUCUGAGCGGCAUGCAACCCUCAAGAGAAUCACACCACCCCCUCAUCUGAAAGCAGAGGCAGAGGCGAAGCCCGCAGAGGACGUACUGGAUGACCGUUUGCCGACGCUUCUGCAAUCUCCUAUUGCGGCCUCUCUUCGUUUCAAGAGAGACCCACCGUCAAAGGACAGCGCAGCUUCCACCAGUGCAACGUCCGCGCCCAAGGCUGUGAUUGAUGCUUCAGUAGACGACCCGGACUCUCCGCUCGCCGCAGACGCUGCAGCCAACCAGGGCGAUGACGACGAUGUGGUCACGACGAGAGGCACAAGCCCCGUGGCGACAACGCCGACUGGAAUAUCCUCGUCGACGCCGAUCAUGAGCAUCCUCAAUGCCUACCCGUUGUCGCGACUGGGUGCCUCUACGGCCGUGACUACGGCCGUAGCCAACGGGGGUAUGUUUUCGUCAACGGGAGCAAACGAUCACGGGAAGACGCCGGGCGCAAACGAGAAGCUAGGCGAUGCCAAAGCGCGGUCUGCUAGGCAGGCCCAGCGGCAGCAGCAGCUCCAGUCUUCUUCCAAAGAGGCCGACGCAUCCAAGGCAAUGUCCGCCAGUAGGUCUGACAAGUCUAAAGAAGACGACUCCGACGAGAGGGCACCCCCUGGCUCGUUUCUCUUUGCGAUGGCCACCGAUGGCGGCACCUUUGUUCGGAGAAGGCUGAGGAACAUCGUCGAGGUUCGUUUCACGCUCGCGACGAUGAUUCUGGCCUGCCUCAUUGCCUUUUUGCUGGGCUCCCUCGUUCGAAGCUUGAUUGAGCCCGCCGACUUCGUCCUCAUGUCGUCGACCGGCUCGGUGUGGCCCGAGCAUGGGCAAGGAACCUCGUCGGUCGCGGGUACAGAGCAGAUGGCCUUGACGGAGCUCCAGAGGCAAUUCGGCCUGGCUGUGCAUGGACGGACUGGUGCUGGUGCGAGCACAGGCGUGGCGUGGCGCGAGAUGAGGAGGCUCGUAGAGAUCAAGCGAGUCGUCGGCGGCUGGGAUCUUGUUAUUGGCGCCGCCGCGAGAGCCGGUGGCGCUCGAGCGGCCGGGCAUUAGAAAAUUAGCAGGCAGAAGGAGAAGAGAGAGAGAGAGAAAUCAAUCAACCGAUUGCAACCGUGACUUUGGGUUCUAAAAGCUUUACAUGUCUCAAAAAGCGCUUUGGAAGAGAUAUAAGAGGUGGCUGACAGCGACAAAAGGGAACAAGACAGCGACUGAUGGAGCGCAAAGGGC